AUGGCCCUGCUGCAAUUCAUCAGCGCCGGCCUUCCACGAGUCAGAGUCCCAACUUCGGUUCACAGCGACCACUUGAUUGUGGCAGAAAAGGGGGAUAAAGAAGACCUGACGAGAGCUGCCAGCGAUCACAAAGAAGUCUACGCCUUCCUCAGCUCUGCGACGAGAAAAUAUGGAAUCGGAUACUGGAAGCCCGGUGCCGGCAUCAUCCACACGACCAUCUUCGAGAAUUACGCCUUUCCUGGAGGUCUAAUGAUCGGCACCGAUUCGCACACUCCGAAUGCUGGCGGAAUGGGUAUGCUGGGUAUCGGUGUUGGCGGUGCAGAUGCUGUCGAUGCUAUGUCCGGUAUGCCAUGGGAACUGGCGUGUCCGAAAGUUGUAGGUGUACGUCUGACGGGCAAGCUCCAGGGAUGGAGCUCCUCCAAGGACAUCAUCUGCAAGUUGGCUGGCAUUCUGACCGUCUCCGGAGGCAAAGGAAAGAUUAUCGAAUUCUUCGGUCCAGGUACGGAGACACUUGGAGCUACAGCAAUGGCUACGGUUUGCAACAUGUCGGCGGAAAUCGGUUCGACAUCUUGCAUCUUUCCCUAUUCCGAAUCCAUGUCUCGAUACCUGUCUGCGACAAAGCGGGAAGGCAUUGCUGAGUACGCAGACUCGUUCAAACAAGAACUCCUCACCGCCGACGACGGCAGCGACCGAUACUACGACGACAUCAUCGAAAUCGACCUGUCAACCCUCGAACCCCACAUCAACGGCCCCUUUACUCCCGAUCUUGCACACCCCCUUUCGCAAUUCAAGGACCAUGUUAGCGAAAGCUCUUGGCCGACAAAUCUCAGUUGCAGUCUGGUCGGAAGCUGUACUAACAGCUCCUACGAAGACCUGGAGAAGGUUCGAGACCUGGUCGUCCAGGCGAAGAACGCAGGACUCGAACGCACCAAGACACCAUUCCUUGUCAGCCCCGGCAGCGAACAAAUCCGUGCAACAGCUGAGGAGGAGGGAAUCCUAGAAACAUUGCGACAGGCUGGUGCCACCGUCCUGAGCAACUCUUGCGGUCCUUGCGUUGGCCAAUGGGACCGAAAAGAUGUCGAUGUCAAGGGAGCUGAGAAGAACUCCGUGAUAUCCAGCUUCAACAGAAACUUCACCGGUCGGCACGACAGCAACCCGGCGACACAUUCCUUUGUAACGUCGCCUGAGCUCGCAACGGCUUUCGCUUUUGCAGGAAACCUCACCUUCAACCCUACCGUCGACGCAAUUCCAAUACCCGGCGCGUCCAAAUCCUUCCGAUUCUCUCCUCCGAAGGCCGAAGAGCUUCCCGUUGCUUUCUCCCCUGGAGCCGACCGCUUCCAGCCACCCGUGAUGUCGGAUACCUCCGAUUUGACUGUCAACGUGGACCCGAAGAGCGAUCGACUCCAACUUCUUACACCAUUCGAACCAUGGAAGCCUGGGAAUGCCAGAGAUCUCACCAUCCUCGUCAAAGUACGCGGCAAGUGCACCACAGACCACAUCUCUCCAGCAGGACCCUGGUACAACUACCGCGGUCACCUCGAGAACAUCAGCAACAACCUGCUACUUGGAGCGACCAACGACUUCCUUCCAGAUGCGAGCACCCUACAGAUGAUCGGACACGCAAAAGAUCCUGUCGACGGCGACAAGAUCAAGCCGGUGCCACAAGCAGCACGGAGUCUGAAGAAGGCGGGAAUCAGGUGGUGCAUCAUCGGGGACAACAAUUACGGCGAAGGCAGUUCGCGAGAACACGCUGCCCUCGAGCCGAGGUAUCUCGGUGGCGUUGCGGUGAUUGCCAAGAGCUUUGCGAGAAUCCACGAGACGAAUCUCAAGAAGCAGGGCAUGUUGCCCUUGACCUUCGCUGAUCCCGCCGAUUACGACAAGAUCUGCGAGGGUGACUCCAUCACUCUAGUCGAUGUCGAAGAAGGGGAACUGCAACCCGGCAAGCAGGUCACAAUGAGUGUAUUGACCAGGGAGGGAUCAAGAUGGGAGGCAAAGUUGAAUCACUCGUACGAGCUCAACCAGAUUGAGUGGCUGAGAGCUGGAAGUGCGCUCAAUUACAUCAAGCGCGUUGCUCUCGCUUGA